AUGGCUCACCGGAAGAGGGUUAGAAAUAAGCAUGCCGCUAAUCAACCCUAUCCACCGCCAUCAUGCACUGGGGAAGAACCUGAUCUUUUGAUCUUUAGUUCCCCGCUCUCAUCUCCGGCUCGGAAUCCUUCAGAACGUUCUACUCUCAUCGUUCAAGGUGAAGAAAAUGCGCGAUCUCUUGUAGGUCUACAGAUUGGAGACUUUCCGGGGCCUCAAAAUCAGAUAUUUCCGGCCGCUCAGCGCUCCGGAAUGUCCUCGGCACAAGAAGAAAUCACUCAAUACGCCCGUGGCUACAACGAGGGCUUCAACGCUGGCUACUCCGCUGGCUUCACAGCUGGCAACACUGCCGGCUCAGUCCCUGGCCGUCGCCCUUAUUCCGCUUCACCGCGUCGCCCCUCCGACCCUGAUAAUAGAGGCAGCGGCCUGCCCAUCAUUCCCCCGGAACAAGCACCAAUUCGCGCCACUACUCCACUAGAAGAACCACGCCACGGGGGGAACAGUGAGGCCUCGGAGAUAUUUGGCCCAGUGCCAGACUACGAGACAAUGAAUGCAGCCGUGGCCGAAAUGGGAUAUCCCCUCCACUAUGCCAGAGGCAUGUAUGUGCUUGGGGAGAUCAGCAUCGCGGGGGAUCUGUGCCCAGCGGUAGAAGGCAGCUGCCAGUACUGUACGCUCAUGAGAUGGCCUUGUUGGUGGGCAAAGGAGGGGAGAAUGGUGACAACUGAGAGGUGUGGACAGUGUAUCAAGGAUUUCAGGCAUUGUCGACCGUGA